UUUCUCAUAAUUCGAACAACAGAUGAGAAAAGAUGAAAACACUUGUUGCCUAAAAACGAAAUUACUGGUUUGUCCCUCGGUUUAAGCCGUACGAUUACGUCAUCAUUCCGCGACUUCUCACGUGCAGUAAAGUUUCUUUUCAGGUGUUCGGCUCCUUCAUCAUGAGCGACAGUGACGACGACGUGCCGACGCUGUCCGCUCACACUCUGGCCGCCCUGCAGGAGUUCUACACCGAGGCCCGGAGCGCCUCGACCCACAGCACCGAGCCGUCGGACCAGUUCUCUGUGGGGGCGGUGGAGGAGGACUGGCGCAUGAGCCAGUUCUGGUACAGCGACGACACUGCGACUCGGUUAGCGGAGGAAGCGGUGCGUGAAGCUGGAGACGGAGGCAGGAUCGCGUGUGUGAGCGCGCCCAGCGUGUACCAGAAGCUGAAGCAGGGUGUGGUGGACGGUUCGGCCCGGGUCUCCGCUGUCGUCUUUGAGUUCGACCGUCGCUUCGCCACCUACGGUGACGACUUCGUCUUCUACGACUACAGCCGGCCGCUGUCGUUCCCCAGCAGCGUGGCUCCCCGGAGCUUCGACGUGGUCCUGGCCGAUCCGCCCUAUCUGUCCGAGGAGUGUCUGAGCAAAGUGGCCGAGACCGUCAAGUACCUGAGCAAAGGCAAAGUGCUGCUGUGCACAGGGGCCAUCAUGGAGAACGUGGCCAAAGACCUUCUGGGGGUGAAGAUGUGCGGCUUCCGGCCCAAACACAACAGAAACCUGUCCAAUGAGUUUCGCUGUUACGUCAACUACCCGUCUCAGCUGCUGAACGUCUGAGCAGCCGGAGGGAGACGACACACGGACACUUGUGCUUCUGAACUGUUAAAGACUCAGUUGGGACCUGCAGUAAAAGUGGAAAUUGUGAACCAGCACCCUGUUAAGAGUGACCUUGAGUCAACCAGUUGACUUGUACAACAAAUGAUAUAUUAGACAUUAAUUACAAUGUCAUAAGAUCAAAUGUGCAAAAUGUUUAGUGGUUUCAGCUUCUCCAGUGUGAGAUUUUGCUGAUAUUAUAUGUUUGAAGACUUGUACGUUUACUCUCUGUAUUAAUUAAAGAGGAAGAGCUGCUUGUCUGAAUAA